GUGCAUUUUUGACUAUUUCAGGGGCCAUAAGUCUGAAAAUAGGGGGCGAAGCCAGACGAAAAAUAGGAGAUGCGCAAGUCCAUAUCAUGAUAAAGACUCAUGCAAGGUUUCAUCAAGGGGCAAUCUGAGGAAAGUAAAGUACGAUCAUUCGCAAAAGACAAGAGAAUAUGACGGAACCAGCGGGACCUCGAAAGCUUACAGACAGUCGAUAUUCGGUCUUCAGCAAACCUGCACAAACAUCUACGAAACAACCUAUAUCUCCGAUUUUUGAUACACCUAUGAGAUUGGUUGUCAACACUGAUGGCAAGACAACUUUAAAUCACGAAACUCUAGCUGAACUCAGCAAAAUUGAGAAAACUCUAAACGUCGUAUCAGUAGUUGGGAGUCUGAGAACUGGGAAGUCGUUCUUGCUUAAUAAACUGGCAAACACAGAAGCAGAAGAAAAGACGGCAGGCGUUUUCUUAGAAGGUAAACUAGUGUUACAGCGCGGAUUGACAGACGACAUCCGGAAAUUUAAUGAGCCAAGACAACUUAUCAGAAGAUAUUUCAAGAAAAGGCGAUGUUUUAUCUUCAGAAAAUCCGCAAAACAGAAACUUAUUUCCCAGCUGAUGAAAAUCCCAGAUUCUGAUUUGAAACCAGAGUCCAGGAGAGCAAUUAAUGGAAGAAUGCUCGCAACACUUCUAACAAGCUACGUCAACUCAAUUCAGGAUGGAAAACUACCGUGUCUCAGUGAGGCCAUGGCAACAAUGGCUGACGUUGAAAAUGCAUGUGCUGUUGAAAAAGCCACUGAAGUUUACAACACAGAGAUGAAAAAACGUAUUGCGGCACAUAACACUCCUACCGAUACUGGUCUCGUUAACUUCCACAGGGAUAGCAUGAAAGCAGCCAUUGAAGUUUUGAAAACUGGACUUGUGUUUGAUGACGAGCAAGUGUAUGAAGAACAAUCUCUUGUGAAGUUCAAAGAACUACUAAGAAAAUUCAAAUCAGCUGCAGACAAGAAUUCGAGAGCUAUCUGUCUAAACCGGCUUGAAAUUCUUAAUUUGGAAAUGGUGAAGAAGAUGAAUAACCGUGUGUACUGUCAUCCUGCUGGUUACGACGAGUAUAUAAAGGAUAUUAAUCGGUUGAUAAAACAGUACAACAAUGAUGCACCAUAUCUUGGCACAAAGGCACGAGCAGCACUUCAAGAGUUUCUUGAUAGUAAAGAAUCUGAAGAGGAAAAGGUGUAUCAAAUGGUCUUACAUGCACAAGAAGGGACUCAAGAAAAGUCUCGUCCGAGAAUACAGCGCUUACGCUCACUCACUGAAGAGGAUCCCCAAACUCUAGCUGAAAACGAAAAGAAGAAGGCAACUGAAGAGGAGAAGAUAGAAAAAGAAAUCAAACGAGAUAUUACAAUCCUGCAAAUCGAUGGCAUGAAGAGUAUUGGAAGUCAAUACCUUGAAAUGCUCGAAAUAAAAAUUAAAGAACUAGAGCGCGUGAAGGAUGAAUUAUCGUCUGAUGAUCCGUAUUAUGAAUCUCUGCGGCUUGAAACGGAGCACUGGAAGAACUUGUUGGAAAAGGCAACUUGGAAUAUGCCACAGUACAAAAAUAAAUUGCAGCCUAUAACAGAAUCAUCAUCUCAGGUAAAGCACUUGGCGACAAGUCAGGUUUCAGAAUCAUCUGAAAAGCUUGACGAGAAGCAAGAUAAUGAGGGAUCAAAACAAAAAGAAAGAGCAACGGGAGAUGGUGGGGAUGCCAGGCCGAAAUACGAUGAAAAUUAUUUCCGCGUCAAACCUAACCCGGCACCGACUAAUCCUGAGUCCAUUGAUUCCAAAUUUAUAAUAGAUCUUGAACGGAGGGAAAAGGAAAAAGACAAAACAGAGUGUCUUAUUCUUUGAUUUGGUGGUUUCGAAGGAAAUUUUAACUCGUGUGUUGUUAAUCAAAACAAAUUGAUCAGGUAUUGAAAUGCAUACUUGGUAUAUAACAUUGGCGUAAUCCAAAACAUCGUGACCCGGCAGUGUUUGCGAAUAAAACCUUCGUAAAGUAGAAUUACUCCAUUAGAUUGUCUCACGUUGAGAGGCGAAUCAGUAUGUGUAAGGUAGAUAAAAAAUAAUCAUACAUUAUACUUUAUCAUGUAUUUGCUAUGCUACUACAUAUUCAGUUGCAGUCUUAAUGUAGGAAUGUCUCAUGCUUUUUCGUGUUAUGACAUCAACAUUUUUUUUUUUUAAUUUACAAACUUGAAUUUUUAUGGUAUAAAGAUAAUAUGAUAAUAUAUGUUAUUAGUCAGC